AAGGGCAAAACUAGUUUUUAUAUUAAUAUUAAUUAAGUUCUUGAUGUGCUCUAUCCCACUUUUGCCCAAUAUUAUAUCACUUUAAUGCCAUUUUCAAAUGUAGAAUCACCAAGUUUGCCAUGCUUGAAGUGUUCUGCUGCCUUGUUUUUUCCCCAUUUUUAAAGCCGUAAUGGCGGCUUUUUAGUCCCUUGACACGCUAAAUUUGAAACGGCCAAACCAUUCAAGAUCAAAUCCAAUAUAUGUCACUUUCAGUUGAUGAUUAAGCAUGUUGUACGCGGCGAGGCGUGCAACUCUAUGUCAGAUUGUCAACUGCAGGAAAGAGGGGAUUUUGAGUGGUAUCUAGUAUAUCUUAUAAAAAGCUAUUUUAUCAAAGCCUCAGCUCAUAACCCACAUUUUCUGAACUGUUGAGACAUUUGAGUCUCAAAGUAUAUGUUUUUUGGUUUAUCUUGUUGUAAAUAUAUUGUUAACCAACUAUCAAUUUGUUGUUUAUCUUGAGUUUUAACUGCAUUCUUGAUUGCUCCUGCAAUUAUUCUUGUUAUCCUUUGAUUAUCAGUUCAUAAAAGAUGACGGGUAUUGACAUUGAGUCUCAGCAGACUAAUCCUCCAAAGGGCACAGACAAAGAACAAAAGAGUGAAAAGGUGCCAUUGUUGCAAGAUCAUCCUUUGAUUAUAACAAAGGAUGAUGCAAACACAGCUUCAUAUUUAAGUGGAGUAUUUAAUUUGUCAUGCACUAUUGUUGGUGCCGGUAUUAUGAGCUUACCAGCUGCCAUGAAAGUACUUGGUAUUAUCCCAGGGAUUCUUUUGAUUUUAGUUUCUGGAUUUUUGACAAAGUACUCCGUUGAGAUAUUGCUUCGCUAUAGCGAAAAAGAAGGAUCAUAUACCUAUGGGCAGCUCAUGUAUGAUGCCUUUGGAAGGAUUGGAGAGAUUUUUUUUCAAAUUAGUGUUAUCAUCAACAAUACUGGCAUUACCAUAAUCUAUUUGAUAAUAAUUGCCGAUGUGAUUUCUGGGUCAACUACAAGUGGUAUUCACCAUUCUGGUAUUUUAGAAGAGUGGUUCGGAGAACAAUGGUGGACAGGGCGCGCCUUUGUGCUGAUUUUCCUGACUGCUUUUGCAUUAAUUCCUACAGCAUGGAUUAAGAGCAUGGAGGCUCUGCAAUACACUUCAGCAAUUGCAGUAGGGUUGGCGGUGCUCUUCAUUCUUAUUGUUAUCGAAAUCACAUGCUACAAGCUGGCAAUGGGAACAAUAAAGCAACCAUCACUCUUUCCUCGCAUAAAUGAUUUUGCAUCCUUUUGGAAUCUAUUCACUGCAGUUCCUGUGCUUGUUUGUGCAUACCUUUGCCACUACAAUGUGCAUACGAUACGGAAUGAGCUACAAGAUCCAUCUCAGAUGCCUGGGGUGGUGAAGUCUUCUCUUUCUGUAUGCAGUACAAUCUACAUAAUGACAGGGUUAUUUGGAUUUCUUCUCUUUGGAGAUUCAACUGCUUCUGACGUGCUCUCCAACUUCGACUCUGAUCUUGGUAUCCCAUAUAGCUCAGUCUUAAAUGCUAUGGUCCGUCUCAGCUAUGCAGCCCACAUUGUUCUUGUAUUUCCAGUUGUCUUCUAUGCUCUCAGGCUUAACUUUUAUGGCCUUGUAUACAACUCAGCCAUUCCACUGACUUCAGAUACUCGAAAAUCUGCAUUUGCCAUCAUCACACUGAUUUUAAUACUUGUCAUCCUGCUGGGAGCUAUUUUUAUUCCCAGUAUUUGGGUAGCUUUUCAGUUUACUGGGGCAACAGCUGGAGCCUUGAUCUUGUUCAUAUUUCCUGCUUCAAUUGUUCUGAGGGAUCAUCUCGGAAUUUCAACUAGGAGAGACAAGAUUAUUUCCUGGGGUUUGAUCAUUCUUGCUGUAUUUUCGGAUCUGGUGGCUAUAUACAGCAAUACGGUUUCCUUACUUUGAAAUUUUUGUUUCCUUUUAGUUCUAUUUUAUUUGUGCUGCUCCUCAAAAUGGUGCUUUGCCUUAUUUCAAUUUUUAAUAGGAAAUGGGAAAGCCCGCAGUUUUUUUUCCAUAUCUGUAGCAUUUGCUCCAAUGGGUUAAAACUCCAAUAACUGUACUUUGUGUAUGUAGCAGAAAAGUGUUCAAAAUACUGUCAAGUGUUCAUUACUGGUAAUUAUUUUUCUAACUGUAAA